CCUUCUAUAAAAAAAACAAACUCCACCUCCAUUCUCCCCACCACCGUCUCAACUCUCAUCCCUUCCCCACUCCUUCCACCCUUUAGCAACGACUCGUCACCCUCCUCCCGUCACUAAAAACCCCAAAAACAAUGAAGGUCACGGUUACGGAAACCACCAUCGUCCGCCCUUUCUCCGAGACCCCGAGGGAGAAAAUAUGGCUCUCCAACAUGGACCUCCUCCACGGCCGCAUCCACCUCCCGACGAUCUACCUCUACAAGCCCGACGGCUCCGCCGGCGACAACUUCUUCGACGGCAAGGCCCUCAAGGAAGGCCUGGCGAAGGUUUUAGUCACGUUCUACCCCGCCGCGGGCAGGCUGGCGAAGGACGACAAGGGACGGAUCGAGAUCGAUUGCAACGGCGCGGGCGUGCUGUUCAGGGAAGCCGUGACGGAUCUCGCCAUGAGCGAUUUGGGCGAGUUCAUGCCCGGGACGGAUUUGCUUCAGUUUGUCCCUAGAGUUGACUACUCGGCGGACAUGUCUUCUUACCCACUUUUUGUGACGCAGGUGACGAGAUUCUCGUGCGGCGGAGUGUGCGUGGGGACAGGCUGGCACCACACGGUGGCCGACGGCGAAGGCGCGUUGAGCUUCAUCAACGCGUGGGCCGACUGUGCCCGCGGUCUGCCCGUACCGGUCCAACCGUACCUCGACCGAACCCUCCUCCGGGCCCGGUCCCCGCCCAGCCCCAAAUUCCACCACGUCGAGUACGACCCGCCGCCGACCAUGGUCUCCCCUCCUCCCCCUUCCGCCGCCGGCAACGACGGCGCCACCUCCAUGGCGAUCCUCGAAAUCACCCCCGAACAGAUCAACAGCCUGAGAGACCAGAUUACCCGCGACAACGUUACGAAGGCGAAAUACAGCACGUACCAGAUCCUCACCGCUCACAUCUGGCGCGCCGUCACCAGAGCCCGGGAUCUCGCCGCCGACCAACCCACCAAGCUCCACAUCUCCACCGACGGCAGAUCUCGCCUCAACCCGCCGCUACCCGCCGGUUACCUCGGGAACUGCGUCUUCCACGCGACCCCGACGGCGGAGGCAGGGGAAUUGGUCUCCGAGCCGCUGAUUCGGACCGUGGACCGGAUCCACGGCGCGAUUAAGCAGAUGGACGACGAGUAUUUGAGAUCUGCAAUCGAUUACCUCGAGGAUCCGAACGAUUCUUCGGCGAUUAUGCAGGUCCCCGGGACCUGCAGGACGCCGAAUCUGAAGAUCAUUAGCUGGAUUCGAUUGCCGUUCGAGUGCGCCGAUUUCGGGUGGGGGAGGCCGAUCUUCAAUCGGCCGGCGAAUCUGUUUGAAGGGAAGGGGAAUAUCUUGCCCAAGUACAGCGUCGACGGGAAUUUGUCGCUGGCGCUAUGUUUGGAGAACUAUGCCAUGGAGAAUUUCAGGAAGACGUUCUACGAAGUGGAUGGGUGAAGAAGAAGAAGAAGAAGAACAGGGGGGAAUUUGAUUCUGGGUUUGUGGUUAAUUCGCUUGAUUGUGUGUGUUUCUAAUAAUAGCUCCAUUGUUCAUCUUCAUCAUCAUGUUUCUAAUUUUCUUGCUUAUGCUUUCUUGUAAUGCCUGAAAAUGGCGGUUCUUAUUCAAUGGGAAAUUGGGGGUUAUUAUUGUAAGAG